AUGUUUGAAUCAUAAGGCAAUUUAGGAGCAUUUUUAAGUUAAAAAUUAUUUGAAUUCAGUAACAACUGUUAAAUUUUAAUAAAACUUCUAGAAGGUAUUGACCUAAGUGAUUCUUUAGCAUGGUGUGUCCUACUUGUUGGAGUGCCUCUGUGGUAUAUCUCAGAACCUUAAUUUAUUUGCAAGAAAAAGUAUGUAGAGUUAGAACUAAAGAUGGAUCAUACUGAAUGGUAAAGAAAACAAUUAAUAAAAUGUGAUAAUCAAGCAGCUGAUAGAUCUAUAAGGCAUAGAUAUGAUUAAGGAUAUCCGUGA